UUGUUUUUACUCAGUUCUGGAAGUUUAGAGGUGGUUUGCAAGCUGCCAAAUAUUCAAAAAGUAUCGCUGACGACAAACGGCUUAGUGUUGAGUCGCCUGCUGACCGAACUGGUCGAAGCUGGUCUGAACGGUCUUAACAUCAGCUUGGAUUCGUUGGUGGAACAGAAAUUUGAAUUUCUUACUAGACGUAAAGGUUGGACAAACGUUUGGAACUCAGUUGUUUUGGCUGAGAAACUUUUCUCACCCCUGAAGUUGAACUGCGUUGUGAUGCGUGGCGUGAACGAUGAUGAACUUUGCGAUUUCGUCCAGUUGACAAGAAUGAUGAAUUUGGACGUAAGAUUUAUCGAAUUUAUGCCAUUUUCGGGUAACAAGUGGAGCCAAAGAAAAUUCUUUCCCUAUUCAGAAAUGCUUGGUAUGAUCCAGAGAGUUUUCCCUGAACUGGUGAAGUUAUCGGAUACGCUGGACAGUACUAGUAAGGCCUACAAAAUCCCAGGCUACGUCGGCCAGAUCGGCUUUAUUACGAGUAUGAGCAAAAACUUUUGUUCGUCUUGUACAAGACUGAGGAUCACCGCCGAUGGAAACUUGAAAACGUGUUUGCACGGCGCCUCGGAAGUUUCCUUGCGAGACGCCAUUCGACAGGGAAAAACCGAACAAGAGCUGUGCCAAUUGAUCAGCGACGCAGUGAAGGCUAAAAAGGCUGCGCAUGCCGGAAUGCUGAACAUCGAGGCGGAAAAGAAUCGACCAAUGAUUCUGAUCGGACACGAAAGACCCCGGCAUGGAAUUCAUUUUCUGUCCUUAGCUCCAAAGCCGGAAAAAAUUGAGCGGAGACAGCUUCACACUUCCGUGUCUAGCCUAAAGACGUUUUCACACCUGGACACAAGCGGCAAAGCUGUGAUGGUGGACAUCGGUGCCAAGCCGUCGACAAAUCGGGUUGCCCAUGCCCGAAGCACCGUCGUCCUAUCUCCUGAGAUCAUUGACCUCAUUUCGAAAAACUUGAUGAAAAAAGGGGACGUUCUGACGGUGGCCCAAAUCGCCGGAAUCAUGGCGGCAAAGCGGACGGCUGGCUUAAUUCCGUUGUGUCAUAACAUCGCCUUGUCCGACGUCAAGGUCGAUCAUGAACUGGAUUCGAAUUCGACUUCGGUUCAUUUUUUCAGUACGGUGCAGUGUUGUGCGCAGACCGGCGCCGAAAUGGAGGCACUGACGGCCGUAGCCGUAGCUGCGCUCUGUCUUUACGACAUGUGCAAAGCCAUCUCGAAAUCGAUAGUCAUCACCGACAUCAAAUUGUUACAUAAAAAGGGCGGCAAAUCUGAUUUCUGA